AUGCAAUCCUCAUCGUCGUCGGCGGGUUUCCAGAAUCUGCUGAACCCAGAGACGCCCGCCGAACUCCAGCACAGUCGCCAACGCCCUAGCAAUAGCCCACAGAGCGCCAGCCCGCCCGUCUCUGGUGCCUCGACGCCUGCCCACCAGAGUGGCAUGGCCGCCGCCACGGUGAGCCUCAUGGGCUCGCUCCUCCAGAACGCACCCAACCAAGACGAUAUGCGCCAGGACCUCCCCCGCCCGUACAAAUGCCCCCUCUGCGACAAGGCCUUCCACCGCCUCGAGCACCAGACGCGACACAUCCGCACGCACACGGGCGAGAAGCCGCACGCCUGCUCGUUCCCCGGCUGCUCGAAACGCUUCAGCCGGUCGGACGAACUCACGAGGCAUUCGCGCAUCCACAACAACCCCAACUCGCGCAGAGGAAACAAGCAAUCUGCAGCUGCGGCUGCAGCCGCUGCAGCGGUCGGCGGCGGCGUGCUCGAGGGAUCGUCCAUGGCGCACAUGAUGCCACCGCCCUCGAAACCGAUCUCUCGCUCGGCUCCCAGCUCCAACCUCGGCUCGCCCAACGUCUCGCCGCCUCACUCCUUCUCCAACUACUCCAGCAACUUCCCGUCAGACCUGGCUUCGUACCGCACUGGCAGCAGCAACAGCAGCAGUCCCAACGGCCUGGCGCGCAUCGACCUGCUGGCCGACGCCGCGUCUCGGCUCGAGGGCCAGCGUCUUCAAACGCAGACGAUGCAGCACAACCCGCUCGCGAACCGACACUAUCACGCUGGCCAGCACCCGCAUCUGCACCACCCGUACAGCCAUCACAACAGCGGACGUUUGCCCAGUCUCUCGGCGUAUGCGUACUCGCAGCCCAUGUCGAGAUCGCAUUCGCACGAGGACGACGACCAGUACUCGCACCGGAUGACGAAGAAGUCGAGACCUGGAUCCCCCAUGUCCACUGCUCCGCCGUCGCCGACGUUCUCGCAUGACUCAUGCUCUCCAACGCCGGACCACACUCCGCUAGCAACGCCAGCGCACUCGCCACGUCUCAGGCCGCACGGAUUCACUGACGUGCAGCUCCCUCACAUCCGACACCUGUCACUCCAGCACACCCCAGCGCUCGCGCCUAUGGAGCCCUCGACAGCAAGCGAGCAGCCGUACGUUCCCACCCAGUCCUCCGGUCUCAGGAUAGGCGACAUCAUUGGACGCUCAGACGGCGCGCAACGCAAGUUGCCCGUUCCAGCAGCACCUAAAGUUGCAGUUCAAGACCUCUUGAAUGGCGGGAGUGGAUUCUCCUCCGGAAAUUCCUCCGCGACCGGCUCGUUAGCUGGCAACGACCUGGUAGAUCGUUUCUAG